AUGGAUACAAGUGUACGCGUACAGGGGACGAGCAUCUUGAAAAGAAAAAGACCCCGUUCGAACGGACCCACAUCCAAGGUGAAAAUGAACAUAAGAAAACCUUCCCGGGCUACGGAAGAUCUAACGGGGGAGCGUAUUGCAGGACUGGCUAGUAGAUUCAGACAGUGGAAACGCAAACAGAAGGGUAUUCCUGUGACUGAUGCUGCAGUUCAGUGUAAACCACCAGACACUUUAGUCAACGGAUUCUGA